AUGGACGCCUUCUCAGGAUACAAUCAAAUCAUGAUGCACCCAGACGAUCGAGAGAAGACAUCAUUCAUCACCGAUAAAGGGACAUAUUGUUACAAAGUGAUGCCAUUCGGCCUUAAGAACGCCGGUGCGACUUACCAACGACUCGUCAAUCGAAUGUUCGCCGACAAAUUGGGGAACACGAUGGAGGUCUACAUCGACGAUAUGCUGCGAGGAAUCGAGGCGAAUCCUAAGCAGAUCACAGCCAUACUUGAUCUCCCUAGUCCAAAGAACAUCAGAGAAGUUCAGCGACUCACGGGAAGGAUUGAAGUAUUGAACCGCUUCAUCUCUAGGUCCACGGAUAAAUGCCUCCCCUUUUACGAGGUACUGCGCGGAAAUAAACGUUUCGUCUCGGACGCGAAGUGUGAUGAGGUGUUCAGACAGCUCAAACAGUGUCUUACGACUCCUCCCGUGUUAUCCAAACCCGAAGCCGGUGAUACACUUUCUCUCUAUAUCGCAGUAUCCUCUACCGCGGUCAGCAGCGUCCUCAUCCGAAAAGAUCGAGGAGAUCAGAAGCCCAUCUUCUACACGAGCAAACGAAUGACCGACCCAGAAACUAGAUACCCCACCCUCGAGAAAAUGGCUCUUGCUGUCAUCACGUCAGCAAGGAAGCUGCGUCCUUACUUCCAAUCGCACACGGUCGAAGUACUGACGAAUCAACCACUCCGCACAGUAAUGCAUAACACUAAUCAAUCCAGACGAUUUUCGAAGUGGGCUAUCGAGCUCAGCGAGCACGACAUUGUGUUCAAAAAUCGAACAACAGCAAAAUCCCAAGUCCUUGCUGACUUCCUGAUCGAGCUCGCGCCAGAGCUAGAGCAAGACCUAAUCCUUUCAAGUCAAAAUAGGAUACUCCACGUCAACGGAUCGUCAACAAACAAAGGGUCAGGAGCAGGAGUCCAGCUGCAGUCCCCAAUAGGCGAGCUAAUCAGACAGUCGUUCAGUUUCGGCUUCACCGCUUCAAACAAUGAAGCGGAAUACGAGUCGUUGAUCGCAGGACUACGACUCGCUAAGGCAGUCAAAGCAAAACGCCUCAGUGCAUACUGCGACUCACAACUCGUUACCAGUCAGUUUAGCGGCCACUACGAUGCUCGCAAUGAACGAAUGGAAGCAUACCUUAAAGUCGUUCAAACACUCGCUAAAGACUUCGAGUUCUUCGAACUCACCAAAGUCCCCAGAGGAGAGAACGUGUGCGUCGACGCCCUCGCUGCCUUGGGGAGCAGGCUGCGCGAUCAGGUGAAACGGACCAUUCCCAUCCACAAGAUCGACAACCCAAGCAUCGAGCUCUCGCCUAGCGAAUUGACCGUUGUAGCACCCAUAAUCGAAGCCACUCCCAUGGACGAAGACCCCGCAGCGGAAAAAACUGAAGCCGCGGACUGGAGGACAGAAUUCAUCAACUAUCUGGUCGAUGGAAAUCUACCUCCCGAGAAGUGGAUUGCAAGACGACUCAAGACACGGAGUGCCCACUAUAUCAUCUUGGAUGGAGAGCUCCAUCGAUGGACCGCAACUAAAGUACUCUUAAAAUGCAUCAACGGCGAAGAAACACAUCUUGUCAUGGCCGAAACACAUGAAGGCGCUGCAGGAAAUCACUCUGGAGGUCAAGCACUCGCUCUAAAAGUCAAAAGCGUUGGCUUUUACUGGCCAACGAUGAACGCGGAUUGCGAAGCAUACACUCAACGGUGCGACCAAUGCCAGCGACACGCUUCGACAAUCCAUUCCCCGACAGAGCUGCUAUGGACGAUGAUGGCACCAUACCCUUUUAUGCGAUGGGGAAUGGACAUAAUCGGCCCUAUGCCGAGCUCUCGACAGAAGUGCUUUGUCUUAAUCCUAACUGACUACUUCACAAAGUGGAUCGAGGCAAAAGCUUUCGCCAGCAUAACAGAAAAAGAAGUUCAACGGUUCGUGUGGAAAAACAUCAUCUGUCGCCACGGCCUACCUUACGAAAUAGUGACUGACAAUGGCUCCCAGUUCAUAUCGAACAAGUUUCGAGAGUUUUGCGAAAGAUGGAGAAUCCGACUCAACACAUCGAGUUUGUGGUACCCGCAGAGCAACGGUCAAGCUGAGGCAUCCAACAUGAUCAUAAUCGACGGGUUAAAGAAACGCCUCGACUUGAAAAAAGGAUGCUGGGCCGAUGAACUCGACGGUGUUCUCUGGUCGCAUAGAACGACUCCUCGAGGAGCAAAAAAAUCAACUCAUUUUUCAAUGGCCCACGGAGUCGAAGCUAUGGCCCCCGCUGAAGUAAACGUAACCAGUCUACGUCGGUCAAAAAUGCCGCAGAACGUCGAGCUUAACUGCGACUUGCUAUUCGAUGCUUUGGACGCUAUCGAAGAACGACGCGACCAAGCCUUGCUCCGCAUCCAGAACUAUCAGCAUCAGAUCGAAAUCUACUACAACAAGAAGGUCAAGUCUCGACCUCUCGAACUGGGCGAUAUUGUACUCCGCAAAGUGUUCGAAAAUACUAAGGAGCUGAACGCAGGCAAGCUUGGAACUAACUGGGAAGGACCGUACAAGAUCGCCCAAGUCAUUAAACCAGGAGUCUAUUCACUCGAGACAUCAACAGGCGAACCUGUUCCCAGAGCAUGGAACUCCAUGCAUCUCUGA